AUGAAAGAUGUAUUUAUUGAUAGUGUACCCAAAUUAGAAGAUUCAACUGCUAAAUAUCCAGCUGCUUUACCAAAAAGGUUACAUGAUGAUGGACUUGGAAGAAAUAUGACUAUGUUUCUGGUAAUGAAGAGCUGUUUAACACAGUUACUAGAGGGAAUAGAACACUUGUCUUUUCAUUCUAUAGCUCAUAGAGAUAUCAAGAGUAACAAUAUAUUGAUAGAUACUGAUACUUCAGAUGGUAAGCCUCGUCUUGUGAUUAGUGAUUUCGGAUGUUGUUUAGCUGACAAUGAGAAUGGAUUGAAGAUUCCGUAUGUUUCAUCUGAUCAAACUAAAGGUGGUAAUCCAUCUUUAAUGGCUCCUGAGAUAGUUAAUGCUGUUCCAAGUGUGUAUGGAAGGUCAAUAUUAGAUUAUUCUAAAAGUGAUCUGUGGGCUGCUGGUAGUUUAGCUUAUGAGAUUUUUGGUGAAGAGAAUCCAUUUUAUGGUAAAAAUCAUGGUAGAUCAUUAAACAGUGGAACAUACAGUAUAUCAGACUUGCCACCUCUUCCAGAUUCUGUUCCAGGAAUUGUUCAAGAUUUAGUUUACAACAUGUUGGAGAUAGAUCCAAGAAAGAGGCUAACCGCAUCAACAGCAGCUACUGUUCUUCAGAUAUAUUUAUGGAAUAAUGAAUAUUUUCAAUUUAAUAAAGAAACAAAGAAGAGUGACUAUAAACUGUUUAUAUUAAUGCUAACAUUAGAAGUUAUAUCAAAGAAGCUAUACAACACCGGUGAGAAUCUUGAAACUGAUUUAAAGUUGUCCUUGUUAAAGAGAAUGACGGAGAAAGAUUUAAAUAAUUGUGUCAAUUUUUAUGUUAAAAAUAUUAAGUGAUAGAUGAUCAUUAGUGAUUUUUUUUGCUUUUGAUAAUAUGCAUUUGUUAACUAACAGAUAAUAGUGCUUUCAGUUAAUAUCUUUGUUGAUGUAAAACUUUGCUUUCAAUAAACUAUUUAGUUGUAGCUACCAUGUUGUUUCUAAGGAAUUUGAUUACUGCAUAGGAAACUAUAUAUGAUUCUAUCAUAAUAACACACACAAACAAAGUUCACAACCAAUUAAAUCAAUUCGAAAUUUUAAAAAGGCUAUAAUAUAUACCUAAGCCUUCAAAUCACAUUUAAAGCCAGUUAAAAUAUUUUAGCCUUUUGAAAAAUUUGACUUAAGUUGAGGUGGAGAUUAAAAAUGGUUGUGGACUGUUUGGUUGUGUUAUUUCCGUAUAAGAAUCAUAUAUACCUUUGUAUGUUCUUUACUAGCCUAAACUGUGAACUAUUCAUUUCUGCAUUGGUUCAUUGUAAGGAUUAAAGAGAAAUUCGACGUUCAACAUAUGAAAGAUAAUGAUUUUGAACUUCAAAAUCAUUUAUAAGAUGACAUUGCAUAAUUCUGAAAAUUGAAGAAAGAGAAAGGGUUCGCGUAUUUUAUUUAGAAAAUGGCUUUCUC